AUGGGUAAGAAGAACACUAAGGGUGGUAAAAAGGGUAGAAGAGGUAAGAAUGAUACCGAUGGCCCUAAACGUGAAUUGAUCUACAAGGAUGAAGGCCAAGAGUACGCGCAAAUCACUAAGAUGCUUGGUAAUGGCCGAGUUGAAGCGACCUGUUUUGACGGCGUGAAGAGAAUUGCACACAUUAGAGGUAAAUUGAGGAAGAGAGUUUGGAUGUCUCAAGGUGAUAUUAUUUUGGUGUCUUUACGUGAUUUCCAAGAUGACCAGUGUGACGUUGUUCACAAAUAUAAUCUAGAUGAAGCCAGAGCUCUAAAGACUCAAGGUGAAUUGCCAGAAAAUGCUAGAAUUAACGAAACGGACAACUUCGGAUUUGAAUCUGACGAAGAUGUGAACUUUGAGUUUGGUCACGCGGAUGAAGCUGAAGAUGACGAAGAUGAAGAAGAAGGUGAAUUUGACAUUGACGAUAUCUAA